CACAACAAUUUAUACAAAUAGAUUUUAAGUCAAAUCAUAGUCAAGUACUAAGUGGCAACAAAUUGGUCGACAAUCUUAUUAAGAAAUCGCUUGCUUUAAAAGUCAGGAAUAGAAUAACAUAUAUUCCAUUUGAGCAGUUCACCAACAUCGAAUAUCUUGCCGAAGGUGGAUUUAGUAAAAUAUAUAAAGCUAUAUGGAAAGAUGAACAAAUUACUGGAUGA